AUGGCGCACGUCCAGGACCGCGGGACGAAGACCAUGCAGCGGUUGCAGCGGUUCGUCCGCAGCCGAGUGCGCAAGCUGACGGCGGACCUUGAGGAGACGAAGGAGUGGGCGUCUGCCCGCGAGAACGCGGCCUUCGAGGCGGUGGACGAUUGGACGCUCGUGUGCCGCUGCGCUGAGGAGACAUGCCCCCAUGGCCCGGCGUGCUCGUACAGGUCAGCCGUGGAGACCAUCUCCUCCCGCAGCGCCGCUUCUUUCGACGUUCGGGAGCUCGCGGCGUCUCUGCGGGACAUUCUGAUGGUCGGCCCGAAGAAGACGACGAGGGUGCCCUUCCUGGUGGGGCCGUCGAAUUCCGGGAAGAGCACGGUGGUUUACCCUUUCGACGACUUGUUCACUCCGAAACGGCGGUUCAUCUUCUGGGACGACUUCCGGCCGGUUGAGUUCGCCCACGAGAUGACCGUCCCCGUCUCUUUGUUCUUGUCUCUGUUCGUCGGCCAGCACACCGAGAUCCAGGUUUCCCAGUCCUUCAACGACGGGAACAAGGACGUCUGCUGGAACCACGCCGCCGUUUUCACGGGCAAGCUGGAGGGCCUCUGGGGGACGACGAAUAAGGUGGGUGCGGAGGACAUCCGGCACAUGCAGAACCGCGCGAGGCAGUUCCCAUUCACCUCCGUCUUGUCGGACGGCUCUUUGCAGGACGUACUCUCGUGUGCUCCGCGCAUGACCGCGUGGAUCGUCCGGGAGGCGGCAAAGUUCGACGCCGUCGGCGUUUUCCGCCCGGCGCCCGCUGCGCUGGUCGGGGCAGACGCGGGCGUGCCGCCUGUGAGCGGCUUCGACGACCUCGUGUCCGACGCGCGCAUACCCCGCGCGCAGGCAGACGCCUUGCUGGCGGAUGUCCGCGCGAUGGGCGCGGCUGCCGUGGACGAGGUGCUCCCCGCGGACUGGGUCCGUCUGAAUUCGCGGGCCUUGCUGCAGGUGCUCUCAGGCUUUGAAGUGGUGCUCACAGCCGUCCUGGUGCUCAUGGCCAUUGGCGUGGACGCCGAGGCCGUCGAAACCAAAGCCAUCCGGGACGCCUUGAAGGCCGUCUUAGUAGGCAAGGACUUGAAACACAUUUCGUUGCGUGAGUGUCGCCGCCAGGUCGCUUUGAAACUCGGUUUGCAAGAGCAUGCUUUGGACCAACGCAAGCACGAGUUCAAGAGCCUGACAACCAAGGUCGUUUCGGAAACGCAGCCCGACCAGGACGCCGCGUCGCCUCUGGAGACCGUGUUGGCUGAGGCCGAGAAACUGGACUCGUUGCAGUGGGUAUACUUGGUGACCAUAUCGCGCGUCCUGGACGCGACCCUUCCCGACGGCCGCCAGUGCCGCGAUCUUGGCACGAUGAGCCGGGAGGACAUCGGAAAAGCAGUGGCCGACGCAUUCAACAAUCCGAUUCCGACUGGGUCCGCGGGCGGCCGCACUAGGCAGGAACCGGACGGCCAAGCGCUCGUGUCCAUGGCGGUGGUGUUCCAGGAGAAGCACAAAGACGGCGCGAUCCAUUUCCACGUUGCUGCGAAGCUGACUAGGUCGGGCCGUUUCCAGCAGGCCAAGCGCACUCUGCGCGAGCGCCAUUUGUUGCCGAGCCAUUUCUCUGGUUCCCACCAGCGAAUGUGGAGCGCCGUGAGGUACGGGUAUAUGGAGACCCCAGCCAAACCAGAUGUCGACGACGCCCCGUGGGUGUGGCAGCCAGACUGGGCCGGGUUCGCGCGCGAGAACGACGCCAUCGACCUCUUCGAGAUGUCGCAGGAGCCAUACAUGGCAGGCGUGUGGGUGAAGCGCCGGGAGGCCACGGACAAGGCGGCCGGGGCGAUGGGCACGAAGACGACGUUCGACCUCGUAGACUUGACUUCGACCAUCAUCGCCAAGCACUUGUGGACGAAGGGCAGCCUGAUGGCGUACGUCCAGGACCGCGGGACGAAGGCCAUGCAGCGGUUCGUCCGCAGCCGAGUGCGCAAGCUGACGGCGGACCUUGAGGAGACGAAGGAGUGGGCGUCUGCCCGCGAGAACGCGGCCUUCGAGGCGGUGGGCGAUUGGACGCUCGUGCGCCGCUGCGCUGAGGAGACAUGUCCCCAUGGCCCGGCGUGCUCGUACAGGUCAGCCGUGGAGACCAUCUUCUCCCGCAGCGCCGCUUCUUUCGACGUUCGGGAGCUCGCGGCGUCUCUGCGGGACAUUCUGAUGGUCGGCCCGAAGAAGACCGGCACGAAGCGGUUCAUCUUCUGGGGCGACUUCCGGCCGGUUGAGUUCGCCCACGAGAAGACCGUCCCCGUCUCUUUGUUCCUGUCUCUGUUCGUCGGCCAGCACACCGAGAUCCAGGUUUCCCAGUCCUUCAACGACGGGAACAAGGGCGUCUGCUGGAACCAUGGCGCCGUUUUCACGGGCAAGCUGGAGGGCCUCUGGGAGACGACGAACAAGGUGGGUGCGGAGGACAUCCGGCACAUGCAGAACCGCGUGAGGCAGUUCCCAUUCACCUCCGUCUUGCCGGACGGCUCUUUGCAGGACGUACUCUCGUGUGCUCCGUGCAUGACCGCGUGGAGCGUCCGGGAGGCGGCAAAGUUCGACGCCGUCGGCGUUUUCCGCCCGGCGCCCGCUGCGCCGGUCGGGGCAGACGCGGGCGUGCCGCCUGUGAGCGGCUUCGACGACCUCAUGUCCGACGCGCGCAUACCCCGCGCGCAGGCAGACGCCUUGCUGGCGGAUGUCCGCGCGAUGGGUGCGGCUGCCGUGGACGAGGUGCUCCCCGCGGACUGGGCCCGUCUGAAUUCGUGGGCCUUGCUGCUCCCGCUCCAGAAGCGCAGACUUCUUGGGCAAAUCGGCUCUCCGGUUUCGCCCUGA